AUGCUUGACUCCGACUCCUACGACACGGUCAUACUCGGGACUGGACUCGCGCAGUCUAUAGCCGCAGCCGCACUCGCCAAGGCGGGCAAGUCGGUGCUCCACCUGGACCCAAACGAGUACUAUGGCGGGGCACAAGCAAGUCUCACGCUAGACGAGUUUGCGACAUGGGCUGCAGAGAGGAGUGAGCAGCCCACGGAUGCCGACGACGAGUACACCUCCGCCCAACACAGCCGCUACGAGUCCGCCAGCACAACACCGCUCGGGUCGCUCGCUCCCGAUCGUCGCCGGUACGCGCUCAGCCUGUUCCCCAGCCUGAUGGCUUCGAGGGGAACACUGGUGGGGACGCUCAUUGCCAGCGAUGUGAGCAAGUAUGUCGGCUUUCGCCUGCUCGACUCGGUGUCGCUGUGGGACGACGCCAAGGGCGCCGCGGCACGCGUUCCGGGAAGCAAAGAGGAUGUCUUCAAGGACAAGUCUGUCAGCUUGCCCGAUAAGCGCAGGCUCAUGAAGGCGCUGCUGUUUGCUGCGGGCGAAUUUGAGGAGGACGAGGUUCUCAAAGGCCACGAAGAGGAACCGCUGCUUGCCUUCCUUACACGGUCAUUUGGCCUGUCUCAGCGCCUGGCCGAGGCGCUCACCUACGCCGUUGCACACGCCAGCUCCCCCGACGAGCCUGCUCUGCCGUCCCUUAUCCGCGCAAGACGCUAUAUCCGCAGUAUUGGACGUUACGGACCGCGUGCAUUCCUGGUAGGCCAGUACGGCGGUGCAGGAGAGGUGGCACAAGGAUUCUGUCGUGCAUGCGCCGUCUUUGGUGGCACCUACAUUCUCGGCCCCGACGCGGUCCCGAGCGACAUUACGGUGGCGAACGACAACGCAAGCGUUUCGCUCAAGAUUCCUGGCCACCCACGGACCAUCACCGCGACCCAUCUCGUGUGCUCGCCCGAUUUCCUGCCUGCGAGCCUCAAGCCAGAGUCCAUUGGCACGAAGACGACAGCGUACACUGUUGCCGUUGUGGCUACCCGCCCGCCAGUGCUUGCUCCGGCGAAUGCUGCAGAGGAAGGCGAGGAGGAGGAGGAAGGUGACGACACGGCCGUCCUCGUCUUCCCUCCCACCGACACCACCCCCCUUGUCCGCGCUCUCGUCAUGGGUGAAGGCACUGGCAGCUGUCCGCAGGGCCAGUGGGUCGUCUACCUCUGGGCUGAGACUGGGGACGUCAAGUCGUUGCAGCCGUUCUUGGGCAAGGUCGCUCCCGAAGGUGUGAGCUGGCAGGCGAGUUAUGUCGAGCAUGCUGCGCAGGCCAAGCCCGCAGCAUCGGAAGAGACUGGUGCAUCGCCCCUCGUCAUCCUCGAGCCGUACGCCGGCCCCCAUCUCUUGACCGAGGGCCUCGACUGGGAAGCGGCCCAGGGCGAACGGGCGUUCACGGCGGUGGCGGGUGACGACGAGCACGGAUUCUUUGAAAAGGCCGAGGAUGAGGACGACGAAGAGGAUGGCGAUGACGAGUAG